AUACUCCAGAGUAGUUGGUUUGUAGCUUCCAAAGUGGACAGAAUCCGUCAGGCAAUUCUAUAUAGUCACUAAUGAUCAGUACGCUCUGGUCGAUCCAUCGCGUAAGAUCGAAGUAGCCUAUCGUUCCCUCUUCAUAGGGUUGAUGGGAGUUGAAGAAGGGUGAAGAGGACUGACUAAUUUCGAUCGAUUAGAGCAGUUUUUCUUAAGUUAAAUCGUCAGGAAGUAAACGAAAGAUACUGAAUCCGCGGUGAAUGCAUUCCCAGAAACGCAUCUAAAUGCAACCCAAUUGGACAAAACGGAAGUGAUAGUCGUGAAAAUUUAUUUUUUAUUUUCCAUAAUAAAAUUGUGAUAUUGCGUUAUCUGCUCGCUUAAUAUUCUAAAGGAAGCAAAAUAAAACCUAGCCGUGUGGGGCUGGGGUUAAAACGCUAAAAUGAACCCACUUUUAAAGCGGCUUAUUGCAGCCGCUUCCUUAAUAGGUCUGUUAUAUGGAGCAAAUGCGCAAUUCUGGAAUGAUGCACGAAGCAGCGGCGGCGUUGGCAUGUUCAGCGACAGUGAAACAUAUGGACGAUAUAGACAACCGAGUCCUCCCAAUAUCGACCCAAGUUAUGAAAUACUAGACACGGCAACCAAUCAGCGACUCGGUGGUCCACCUAAAAAUUGCACAGGAUCUGGAUGCUGCAUACCGAAAUGUUUUGCAGAAAAAGGUAAUCGCGGCCUUCCCGGUGUCCCAGGUUUAACUGGUCCGAAGGGCAUUCAGGGAUUUGCGGGUGCUGAAGGAUUACCAGGCCCCAAAGGACAGAAGGGUGACCCAGGUCCAACAGGACCUCGAGGACCGAAAGGCGAUCGCGGAAGAAGUGGCAUUCCUGGUUUUCCAGGAGUAGCUGGACGCCCGGGCUUGCCAGGAGCGGCAGGAGCUCCAGGUUUUCCCGGUGUCGACGGGUGUAACGGUACCGACGGUUUGCCUGGUGUACCCGGUAUCCCAGGAGUUCCAGGCCCGCGAGGUUUUCCAGGAGGAAUGGGUUCAAAAGGAGAAAAAGGUGAACCAGCUCGAGAUGCUGAAUCAUACUUGAAAGGAGAAAAAGGUGAACCAGGCUUUGAGGGACGACCAGGUUUACCAGGACGCGAUGGGCCUAUGGGGCCGCGUGGUGUCUCUGGCGAUAUGGGUCCAACCGGCCCACAAGGUGAAAAGGGUGACAAAGGUGCGAAAGGUAUGAGAGGUAUAUCGUGUUCUACUGUCCCGAAAAAUGGACAAAAAGGCGAUAAGGGAGAUAAAGGCGAAGUAGUGUAUAGAGGCGAGGAAGCUAGGGGGACAAACUCAACGCAUUAUUUCGUUGAAGGUCCGGCAGGACCAAUAGGCCCCAAAGGCGAAAAGGGUGAAGUCGGACGCCCUGGUCAAGAUGGAUAUGCUGGGCCAAUUGGACCUAAGGGCGAAAAAGGAUUAGUAGGACCCGCUGGUGAAAGAGGUCGCGAUGGACCAUUCGGCAAUCCUGGUCCAGCAGGUCAAAAGGGAGAUCGUGGUGAAAUUGGCCUUAAAGGAUUGGAUGGACGUGAUGGACAAAAAGGUGAACCAGGUCGUCCUGGUUCCCCAGGAUCUCCAGGUUUGUUAGGUCCACCAGGACCACCAGGAGGUGGACGUGGUACUCCCGGACCGCCAGGCGAAAAAGGUCCACGCGGCUUCCGUGGACCACCGGGACCAAAAGGCUUAGAUGGAUACCCAGGCGAACCAGGGCAGCGUGGUCCUACUGGACCAAAAGGCGGGCCUGGAAUUCCAGGCAGGCCUGGUCCCGAAGGUGUCGCAGGCGAAAAAGGCGAUAAAGGUGAACCCGGGCCAUUUGGUCAGCCGGGAGCAACAGGCCCAAGAGGUUAUCCAGGUGCCCCUGGAAAGGACGGCCAACAAGGAGAGCCAGGUGCGCCAGGUAUUGGCGUAAUGGGACCGAAGGGAGACGACGGGAUCCCAGGAUAUCCGGGUACGAAAGGACAGAAAGGUGAAAGAGGUUAUCCGGGUCAAACAGGUACCCCAGGAGAUUCCAUAGAUGGCAAACCAGGUUUGCCAGGUCUACCAGGUCGUCCCGGAGAUCAAGGUGAAAAGGGUAGAGCUGGGUUCCCAGGCGGGAAAGGAGAACCAGGUGAUAAAGGUGAUCGGGGUGGAACUUGCAUGGAUUGCGCACAAGGACGUAAAGGAGAUAAAGGUGAACGCGGUUUGGAUGGUGUUCCUGGGCAAAUGGGCAUUCGAGGGCCGCCAGGCGAACGUGGCUAUCCCGGAGAAAGAGGUGCUGAUGGUAAUCCGGGCCCAAUGGGUCCUAUAGGAGCACCUGGCAAGGAUGGUAUUCCUGGUCCUCCUGGUCCAGAAGGUGAACGUGGUAAAGACGCUAUUUAUAACUUAAACUUGCUAAAGCCUGAGAAAGGUGCGCCAGGUGUGCCGGGUAUACCUGGCGCAGUGGGCUCGAAGGGUGACAGAGGCGUUCCGGGUACUCCCGGAUUUCCAGGGCCGAAAGGAAAUACUGGUCCGCAGGGCGAACGCGGAUACCCAGGCACUCCUGGAUUGGAUGGUGAACCAGGCCCACCGGGAAGGGAUGGAAUCGAUGGAAGACCGGGUGAAAGCAUCAAGGGAGACGCUGGUCGACCAGGUCUAGACGGACCCAUGGGUGAAAAGGGUGAUACUGGCAUUGCAGGACAAAAGGGUGAUCCUGGUAACUGUGCCAUGGACGAAUCAAAAAUUCCACCAAAGGGAAGCAAAGGUGACAAGGGUGACACAGGUCCAACAGGCUAUAUGGGUGCAAUGGGACCAAAAGGAGAUCAAGGGCCUUAUGGGCUAAAGGGCGAAAUGGGCAUGCCUGGAGCACCAGGCCCUGUGGGUCCAAGAGGCUUAACAGGCCCCCGUGGAGAAAAAGGAAAUCAAGGGCCAUUCGGACUCCCAGGAACUCCAGGUAAAGAUGGUGUUAGAGGAAUUCCAGGCCGUCCAGGUGAUAAGGGUAACAAGGGUGACCCCGGACCAGCUAUGCCCGGUCCACCGGGUCCACGAGGUUUGGAAGGUCUGGCAGGUUUGAAGGGUGAUAGAGGUGAAGCAGGUAGUCCAGGCAUUGAUGGAUUGCAAGGACCGCCGGGUUAUACUGGUGAAAAGGGUGACACAGGUGAUUCAGGUUUGCCAGGUUAUCCUGGUGCGGUAGGUCCGAAGGGAGAUAGAGGUCCAAAAGGCCCACAAGGCAUUGCUGGCCCGCCAGGCAGACCGGGACUCGAUGGAGUAAGAGGAAAUCCAGGUCUAAAGGGUGAACCUGGCGCACCAGGAAUGGUUGGAAUGCCUGGGCCUAAAGGUGAUCGAGGCGAGUUCGGCAUAGAUGGUCCAAAAGGUUACAAGGGAAGCAAGGGUAAUCAAGGUUUCCGUGGAUUACCAGGUGCUGCAGGUAUUCCUGGACAAAAGGGAGACAAAGGCGAACGUGGUAUGACCGGAGUGAAUGGCAUGCCUGGACCACCAGGCCUUCCGGGUCCGAUGGGUCCUCUAGGUCUAAAAGGUGAUAUGGGUCCAAUUGGUUUAAAUGGAAUUGACGGUCGACCAGGUAUAGAUGGUGAAAAAGGUGACAGGGGUUUCCCAGGUGUACCCGGUCCAAAAGGUGAAGCUGGAGAGGCUGCAGAAAAGGGUCAGAAAGGCGAGCCAGGUUCACCAGGUCUGCGAGGUAUUGACGGUCGAGAUGGAUUAGAUGGAGUACCAGGACAAAAGGGUGACACCGGCCUGGCUGGCUACGGCCGCCCUGGAUUGCGUGGAGAAAAAGGUGAACCGGGACUUAGUGGUCGUGAUGGACUACCUGGACAACAAGGACAAAAAGGAGAUCGAGGCUUCCCUGGUCUACGGGGAUCAAAAGGAGAAAAGGGCUUAGCUGGAAGACCAGGGGUUAUUGGUACUCCAGGAAUGGAUGGUUUCCCGGGUGAAAAAGGUGACCAGGGACCGCGGGGAUUUGUUGGCCUAAUAGGAGAAAAGGGAGAACGUGGCCUCGUUGGAUUGGAAGGAGCUAAGGGCGAUAAAGGUGAUGCUGGGCGUCCAGGGCUACCAGGCAUGCAAGGUGAAAAGGGUGAUCAAGGCUUCCCUGGAACUCCAGGUCUUGAUGCACAACCUUUAACGAUUAUUGGUGAGAAGGGUGAACCAGGAGAAUUUGGUUUAGCUGGCUUGCAAGGAGCACCAGGCCCAGAAGGACCACGUGGUGCCUCCGGUUUAGAUGGACAAAAGGGUGAACGUGGCAUUCAAGGACCAGUAGGUUUGCCAGGAAUGGAAGGUUUGCCGGGCCCUAAAGGAGAUCGUGGAUUCCCAGGUGAAAUUGGCGCACCAGGUCCAGUAGUAAAAGGUGAAAAGGGUCUUCCGGGACGUCCGGGUAAAAAUGGACGUGAUGGACCACCAGGUCCAGUGGGACAAAAAGGUGAAAAAGGUCUUCCAGGUCUGCACGGUAAAAUGGGUCUCGUAGGGUUGCCAGGUCCCCAAGGGGCUCCAGGAGAGAAGGGUGAUCGUGGUGCCCCAGGUUUACCAGGUAACGAUGGCCGUGACGGCAUUCAGGGUCACAUAGGAAUUAAGGGUGAAAUAGGCUUACCUGGUGAAAAAGGAGAACAAGGUUUACCAGGCUUCCCUGGCGAUAAAGGUGACAAAGGUAUGUCAGGCCCUCCAGGAGCGCCGGGUUUGAAUGGCUUCCAAGGAAUCAAAGGUGAUAGAGGAGCUCCAGGAUUGGAUGGCAUGCCUGGACCCCAAGGACCACAAGGUGAACGCGGAUUCCCCGGCUUGAAAGGACGCGAUGGGCGCGACGGGCUACCUGGAGAAAAGGGAGAUAAGGGAGAAGCAGGUCUAAUUUCACCACCAGGACCUGAUGGUCAGCCAGGAAUUCCGGGUCGCGAUGGUGAGAAAGGCGACCGUGGCCUUCCUGGUCCACCUGGCCCUAUCGGCUUACAAGGCGAACGAGGUGAGAAGGGUGAGAUUGGUUUACGGGGUCUUGAAGGUCCACGCGGACCGCCAGGUCUUCGGGGUGAAAUUGGUCUUACUGGUGCACCAGGUCGCGAUGGACAACCUGGUCCCCAGGGUGCUAAGGGUGAUGCUGGCCUCCCUUGCUCACCUGCACCAGAUUAUUUGACCGGUCUUCUACUGGUCAGGCACAGUCAGUCGGAAGACAUUCCCCGCUGCGAAGCCGGUCAUAUCAAAUUAUGGGAAGGAUAUUCUCUGCUUUAUGUUGAUGGCAAUGAUUAUCCAUCUAAUCAAGACUUAGGAUCAGCAGGCUCAUGUGUUCGCCAUUUCUCGACGCUUCCCGUCCUUGUAUGCGGACAGAACAACGUCUGUAAUUAUGCCUCCCGAAAUGAUCGUACUUUCUGGCUUUCAACGUCGGCUCCUAUUCCAAUGAUGCCCGUUGAAAACUAUGAUAUGAAGAAGUAUAUCUCACGCUGUGUAGUAUGCGAGGUACCAUCAAAUGUAAUCGCUGUUCACAGUCAAUCUCUAGCUAUUCCAAACUGCCCGGCCGGAUGGGAAGGCCUCUGGAUAGGAUACAGUUUCAUGAUGCACACGGCUGUAGGAAACGGUGGUGGUGGUCAGGCUCUAUCCGGACCCGGCUCAUGCUUAGAGGACUUCCGUGCAACUCCAUUUAUUGAGUGCAACGGUGAUAAGGGUCACUGCCAUUUCUAUGAAACCCAAACCAGUUUCUGGCUGGUAACUGUCGACGAAGCUGAUCAGUUCGUAAGGCCUCAGCCACAAACACUUAAAGCGGGUAACUUACUGUCCAGAGUGUCACGAUGCCAAGUUUGUAUAAAGAAUUCAGUAUAACGUCGAAAUUAAACCUUUAUCUCUUUUACCGCUCUUCCUCACGUAAUUUCCAAUAAGAAUAAGAAAUCCUUCCUAGUUUUAUAUAAAAAAGUUUCUAAUUGUUCUGUUAUUGCUGCAAAUAACUACAAAGCAGGAAUGAUUGUAAAAUAUUAUUCCUAAGCCACUCAACAAAUUUCAUAAAUACGAAAAUAACUUUUAUCGCUUAACAAUUCCUUUGAAACCUAAAAGCGUUUUUUCUACCCGAUAAGGCAUGGCGUGGAGCUCAGAGCCUCCUUUGCCCGUAAAUCAUAAGCUACAAUAAUAUUGUUAUGGAAAAGAUACUGAAUACAAGUCAAGCCAAAAAUUAUUUGUUUAAUCGGGGAAAGGUUCGAUUUAAGAACUCAAACAGCAAAGCUGCCUAGAGAAUAUUUGGAUUUGCCUAGUAAAUCGAAUUUUCCAUUCUAUGUUUAGUUUUUGUAUAGAAGAGGAUGAAAACCCGCAAUAUUAUCUCUUGUAAAUUUUAUUUUGUGUUCUCAUGUUAAUUUUUUUAUGUAAUUAAUGUUAUUUUUAAUUACCUUACUGCCAUAGAAAUGCAAAAUGUUCAUAGAAAAUAUUAACUUUUUCUCUGCCAAGUUUAUUCUGAAUAAAAUUAAUAAAAAAAA